AUGGCGUCAGCAAAUCCUGUGGAUGAUGAUGAUUCUGUAGAGUUCAAACGUUUUGAGCUGAUUGUCAUUGCUCCCCAUAAGCUGAAGUAUAUCAAUCCUCAUUUCAAGAAGGUGAAUGCCAAGAUGUAUGACUACAAGUGUGAUAUUAAGCUUCGGGUUGGCAAUGCCAAUUUUAAGGCUCAUAGAGAGGUGCUCUCUCAGGCCAGCGAUUACUUUUCUGCCAUGUUCAGUCAUGACAUGCUAGAGAAGGAGCAGGAUGUUAUCGAGCUCCUAGAAAUGUCACCCAAUGGAUUCUCCCUAAUCCUGGACUACUUCUACCAUGGCCAUGUGACUCUUGACCCAGAAUCUAUAGAUGAUGUCUUGGAGGCAGCCAGGUUCUUUCAGGCUGACUGGGUGGUUGAAGUGUGUUGUGAUUACCUCAUUUGUCAACUCAGCAUCGACAACUAUCAGUCAGUUUUACAGCUGGCUGACAAGUAUCUACUGGGCGACCUACGGGGCGACAUAUUUCACUUCCUGGGUCAGAAUCUCAUUCAGCUGUCAGAGGAAGAGGAUUUCUAUGUCAACUUUGACUUGGAACUUUUGACCAAGUUUCUCAAAGAGGAUGUGUAUGUUGAUGCAGAGGAGGAGUUUGUUCUGGAACUUGUUACAAAGUGGGUGGAUGCAAAGAAAGAAGAGCGUAAAGAUUACCUACUGCCAUUGUUGCGUCUGGUUCGAUUCCCACUGAUGGAUAUUGAAUCUUUGGAAACAAUACCCAGUCAACUUCUGAAAUGGCCAGAAAUCCAAGAUGCUGUUGAGGAAGCCAAAUAUUAUAACAACAACAUUCCUGCUCAAAGCUUGUGUAAAGGUGAAAGGUUCCGGUCUCGAGGAGCUAUGCCCAGUGUUGUGAUGUUCACAUUUUCUUCAGAUGUUUGUGCGGUCACAUAUCAGAAUAUUGCUUCUGGAACCCGCGUCUCUGAGGAACUUGCUAGUUCAGGGCUAGAGACAGAGUUUGAUUCUUCCAGCAUUGUCAAAGUCGGCAAUUUUCUGUAUCGGACUGGAGGCUAUGAUGAAAGUGUUUGUAGCAGUGUGCAUGUCUGUCGCUACAACCCGAGGUAUAGAAACUGGAUUCAACUGGCUGACAUGAAUGAGCCACGAGUCUCUCAUGCUAUUUGUGCAUCUGAAGAUAGAAUUUUUGUCAUUGGAGGCAUCGACCACACAGUUGGAGAACUUGGGGAUGAAGACACUAUUCUUUCAUCCGUUGAAGUUUAUGAUGUUCGUGAAAACCACUGGAAAUUGUUAACAAAUUUGCCAACAGGUUCUUACAACCAAGCGGCCGCAUUUGAUGACAACUGUAUUUAUGUUAGUGGAGGGAUAAGUGCUGACCCAUUUGAUAGUGUACCCAUGACCACAGUCUGGCGGUAUAACAUCGACCAGAUGUCCUGGCAGUCUAGAAGAGAUAUGUUAUACAACCGACAGGGACAUUCAAUGACAGAACUGGAUGGUAAAUUGUAUGUCUUUGGUGGCUACACGCUGGUCGAUGGUCCAGGCAUGCAUGUUUUCCGCGACUGCUACAACUGUGAAGUCUACGACAUUGAAUCAAACCAGUGGACAGAAAUCUGUUCCAUUCCAGAAACCUUUAGUCAUGUGAUGAGGACUGUUGGUCUCUGGGAUCGUACAUUCUUCUUGUUUGGCAAUGGGGUCCUUCAUGCCUACCAUGUGGAUGAGGAUAGAAUGGCAUAUGGAGAUUAUGUAGGAAUGGCAGUGCAGAAAAUUGCUGUUUUAGAUGUAGCUUAUCCUCUCUAA